GAAUAGAGCUGGGUUUUUUUUAUUUACGGUAUAUGGUAUGACUUUAAGUCUUAAAUGUCAACUUUUCUUAAUACGUAUAAAGAAAGGUCAAUCCCAGCAGUGUGUGUUGUACAGUAUGUGAGAAGAAAAAAGGAAAAAAAUAAUAAUAAGUUGUCACUUCAUAUGUGGUUGGCCCACACCCACAACGAUCAACAUAGUCAGAGGGCCCAAGGCCACAUCUGGCUCCACUAGUGGUGACUUGUUACCUCAUCAGUCUGCGACACCUGGCCGUCUGUCAGGGGCUCCAGCUCUGCAGUGGGAGGUGCAGCCAUGAUACUACAGAGGACAUAAAGACAGUUGCCAACACGUUUCCCUAGAGAUGUCUUCUGCAGUGGCCAUGGAGGCCACCCGGAGGCGCCAGAGGCUCAGCUCUAAUGGGGGGGCGUCUGAGACCACGGAGGAACCUGCAGGGCAGUGGGGAAGAGCAUGGGAGGUGGACUGGUUCUCUCUGAGCGCUGUGAUCCUGCUGCUGUGCACAGCUCCCUUCCUGGUAUUCUUCUUCGUCAUGGUGUGUGACCAGUACCAGUGCUCAGUCAGCCAGCCCCUGGUGGAGCUCUACAGCGGAGAGGCCACCCUUCGCUCCAUCUGGGACAAGGCCCCCUCCUUCACCUGGACCGCUGCUCAGAUCUACACCAUCUGGGUCUCCUUCCAGGUGGUGCUCUACAUGUGUGUUCCUGAUGUCACUCAUAAGUUCCUGCCUGGCUACGCAGGUGGAGUUCAGGAUGGAGCUCGCACCCCAGCAGGCCUCAUAAACAAGUAUGAGAUCAACGGUUUACAGUCGUGGCUGAUCACCCAUGCCCUGUGGUAUGCCAACGCUCAAUACUUCCACUGGUUUUCCCCCACCAUAAUCUUCGACAACUGGAUCCCACUGCUGUGGUGCACCAACAUACUGGGCUAUGCUGUGUCCACCUUUGCCUUUGUCAAGGCCUACCUCUUCCCCACCAAUGCAGAGGACUGCAAAUUCACAGGCAACGUCUUCUAUAACUACAUGAUGGGCAUUGAGUUCAAUCCCCGCAUCGGCAAAUGGUUCGACUUCAAGCUCUUCUUCAAUGGGAGACCUGGUAUUGUUGCCUGGACUCUAAUCAACCUCUCCUAUGCAGCCAAACAGCAGGAGCUCUAUGGCUAUGUGACCAACUCUAUGAUCCUGGUUAAUGUGCUGCAGGCAAUCUAUGUUCUCGACUUCUUCUGGAAUGAGGCAUGGUACCUGAAGACGAUUGACAUCUGCCAUGACCACUUCGGCUGGUACCUGGGCUGGGGAGACUGUGUGUGGUUGCCCUUCCUCUACACGCUGCAGGGCCUGUACCUGGUGUAUAACCCAGUCGAGCUCUCCACAGCCCAUGCUGCUGCUGUCCUCCUCUUGGGUCUGGUGGGUUACUACGUCUUCCGCUCCACCAACCACCAGAAGGACCUGUUCCGCCGUACCGAGGGGAAGUGCUCCGUCUGGGGCAAGAAGCCCACCUUCAUUGAGUGUGCCUACCGCUCAGGUGAUGGCGGCCUGCACCACAGCAAGCUCAUGACCUCCGGCUUCUGGGGCGUGGCACGCCACCUCAACUACACGGGCGACCUGAUGGGCUCGCUGGCCUACUGUGCAGCCUGCGGCUUCGGCCACAUUCACCCCUACUUCUACAUCGUCUACAUGACCAUCCUGCUGGUGCACCGCUGUGUGAGAGACGAGCAUCGCUGCAGCAGCAAGUACGGCAAAGACUGGAAGCGCUACACGGAUGCAGUUCCCUAUCGCCUGCUGCCUGGGAUCUUCUAGAGUCGAGUCAGAGGUUGAAAGAAUCCCUGCAUCCUGAAAUAAGUUUACCAGAAGAAAGAGAUGUGUGUUAAAUGGACUGUUCACAUUCCAUGGGAAAGACGUUGAUGACAUUUUGAGCAGUGUGUGUGUGUGUGUGUGUGUGUGUGUGUGUGUGUGUGUGUGUGUGUGUGUGUGUGUGUGUGUGUGUGUGUGUGUGUGUGUGUGUGUGUGUGUGUGUGUGUGUGUGUGUGUGUGUGUGUGUGUGUGCACCGUGGUGUCUUUGGAUGUCAAUGUGGGUUUCCAUGUUUCUCUGUCUGAAAAUACAUAGUACUCAGAGUGAGAUCUUCACUUGUAGUCAGAAGACUGCCAGCAUUGUGCUCUAAGAAGCGAUCCUCAGCUACUCUCAGAACGGCUCUCACCGGUGCCUAGGAGCAUUUCUCCGUAAAUGUUGAUACUAUGGUACAUAUCUAUGUUCUAUGGUACAUAGAUGUUAUGAGAAACUCUGCAAAAUGGAUUUCUAAUUCAAAUCUGUAUUUAAGUGUACUGUAGUCUAGCAACGUGAACAUCACAUAACCAUACAUACAGUAGCACUUAGUUGGCGUUGGUCAAGUAACUACAGCUACAAGUGAGCAAUAAUCUAGAUGUCUUUUGGCAAUGCACUGUCGAUGGAAAAUGUCUCUUCUACUUAAGGGUCAGCCCAGCGUUACAUGAAAUGCUAGCAGCAGACUGGUACAUUAUGUUCAAGAAGCAGCUACAACUAUACAAUGAUUGUUCCUGCUAAAAUACAUUUUUCUUUAUUUCUGUCAAUAUAUUUGAGGUACCUGUUAUUUUAAAGUUUUUGUGCUAAUAGUGCUUUUACUUUAUCCAACAGUCUUUUUGACAUUUGAUUUCAGUUUGUAUUUUUUUUUUUUACCUCAUCUGCCUUUCCUCAAGUGAUAACUUAGAAAGUAAAUAAACCUAAACAUGGUGAAUACA